AGUUUAAGGUCUGCUGGAAGGGUUUAUACUGCAAGUGAUGAUACAUGGGAACCAAUUGAAGGCUUAAGGAAUUGCCAAGAAUGUAUUCAGGAAUUUGUAACAAAUGGAUUCAGGUCUAAAAUCUUGCCCCUCCGUGGGGAUGUUGAUGUUAUUUGUGGUGGCCCUCCAUGCCAAGAGAUAAGUGGUUAUAAUCGCCAUAGAAAUGUUGAUUCUUCACUGGAUGAUGAAAAAAAUCAUCAAAUCGUGGUCUUCAUGGACAUAGUGGAAUACUUAAAACCUAAGUUUGUUUUAAUGGAAAAUGUGGUUGAUAUGCUGAGACUUGACAAGGCUUCUCUUGGAAGAUAUACUUUAAGUAGGUUGGUACUUAUGAAAUACCAAGCAAGGCUUGGAAUAGUUGCGGCUGGUUGUUAUGGUCUUCCUCAAUUUCAGUUGCGUGUUUUUUUGUUUGGAGCACAUUCUAGUGAGGUUACUACUCUCCAGUUUUUGCAUAAAAUUGAAUUACAGCACUCCUGACUGUUCCUGACUUUGGAUUAGUGUUAUUAUCACUUGUAGAUUUAAUGAUUUUGGUCUUGCUGGUGAUCUAACUGUUAACAUUAUGAUUAAUGGUAGACAAUUUUAAUGGCAAACAA